UCACACUUGUCCGUCGAACACGAAUGGCGCCACUCCAGGCCCCAGCGCCACACGGGUCAGCCGAGUGGUGACCGGGAAGCGAUGCUUGAAGGCGCCACCAGCACCAGCACCAGCCACAGGCGCCUCGGUCGUCACGACGCUAAGCCGCACUGCAGAUCAUCAGAGAGAGAGAGAGAGCAUUAAUGAUGUUCGGUCACCAGACCUGCCUGUCUGCCGGCCUGACAGUAUUUGUUUCCCAUAUCCCAAAUCGUAAUCCAUGCGACGAAGUCGUCGCUGCUGUUGGUCAGCACCAGCUGUCGCACACGAGCGUCCUGGUCGAGUGCGGUUGUGCACCAGCUGAAUGUGGUGGUGCAUCCGGCCACUGGUGUGUGGGGCGACUGGGCGAGGAGGCCAUUCAGACGGCCGCCAUCAACAUACCUGAACCACCCACACACACAGACACCCAAUCGAACACACACCCCUCUCGCCACACUGGUGGCAGUGGUGUGUUACCUGUUGGGUCGUAUCGAUGUGGCAGAGAGCUGAUAGUGAGUCCAGUAGAAGUGGUGGAAGAUCAUCUUCUUGGCAAACGACGACACUGACGCAUCGGUUGAUGAGGGGCGAGUAGUAGAUGCGGCUGACCACCGGGGGGUCAUGCUGCUGUCGGUGCCGCUGAUACAGAUGGUGGUGGGCAGGGAGGGGCGGGUCGACGGUCAGCCGGAAGUCGGGCUCGUCCUUGAUGGCCCGCACCUCACCAUUGCCAUAGCGGAACAUCUGCAGGUGGCUGCCCUCACCGAAGUCGAUGUGGCGGCCGACCACCAUGAGCUGCGCCAACACACGAGCUACCGAUCCAUACGCCUACACGACACCACACACACACAAGACAGAGAGAGAGGAUGAGGCCUCUCUGCUGUCUCCCCGCCCCUCUGUGUGUGUGCCUUACCGUCUUGUUGGGGUGUGUGUUGAUGUCAUCUGCCGUGAGGUUGAUGGGCAGCGUGCAGUAGCCGCACUGGCUGGCCCUCUGCAGCACCUCCCGCGUCUCAUCCCACCGCCCCCCCUCCUCGGCUAUCCACACCGCCGCCAGCAGGUCGCCCAUCUCCAGCGAUUGGUCGAACCGCAGCAGCUGCACCAACGGAGUGUCGAUGCCGCCACGGCCCACCGAGUGGUUGAGCCGGCUGCGCAGCUGUGUUGAUGAGAAGGCGUCUCUGACGCACUGGGCUGUGUCCGUCAGCUGUACUGUGGUGUCCAUGUCGGGGAUGCAGCAGCGGUCUUCGGCGAAGAGGUGGGCGAGGGGGUGCUGCUGUUGGUCAGAUGAGGGCCGCCCCGAACACCAUGACCACACUCGACAGCAGAGGUGCCACAGCCACACCAACGCCAGCCACCACACAGACGCCUGAAAACAGCCAAUCAAGAAGGUACAUCAGGAGAGGUGGCAAUCUGUUGCUUACUAGACCCACCUGCUGCUGGCGCUGUGGGUGCUUGUGUGUGAUGCCGUCGCCAUCACGGCUCAGUGAGUGGUCGAGUCGGCUGCGCAGCUGGUCUAAUGAGAAGGCGUCUCUGAUGCCUCGUGAGGCUGCCCUCAGCUGCAGUGUGGUGCCGAUGUCGGGGAUGCGGCACCGGUCUUCGGCGAACAGGUGGGUGAGGGGGUGCUGCUGGUUGCCCGCCUGCAGAUCGCACACACACGUAACAACGCAGAUCGAUACUCAAGGCACAUCUGGUGCAUGUCGGUCGGUUGUGUCAUACCCACCUGAUGCUGCUGCUCUUGCUGCGGGUGGCUGCGGGUCGAUGCGACGCCGUGGCGGCCAGGCGAGGCGAACAU